AUGAAGUUUUCAAUAGUUAGUUCAUUCGUUUUAUUAUCACCAACUAUAGUCAGUGCAAUUGCUGUUUCUUCUCCAAGAAUUACAGAUGCUCCUGUUCUUAAGAGAGAAGACGAAGAAGAGAAUCCAUAUGCAACUUACCCCUCUGUUGCUAGAACUGCUUCAAUUAAUGGUUUUGCCGAUUUAAUUUAUGAUCAAAUGCCUGAUUGUGCCAAAGCUUGUAUGUACGCAAAUACAGGAGUCACUCCAUGUCCUUACUGGGAUACUGGUUGUUUAUGUAUUAUGCCAGAUUUCGUAGGAGAAAUCGCUCAAUGUGUUGCUGAAAGUUGCCGAGGUCAGGAUGUUAAUGAUGUUAGGAGCUUAGCUACUAGCCAAUGUUCAAGAGCAGGUGUGUGGGAUCCUUAUUGGAUGCUUAAUGCUGACGAUGAUGCUCUUUUAAGCUCAGCUGCUGCUCAAACUACUGAAUCAAGCUCAAGUUCAAGUUUAAGCUCAAUUUCAAGCUCAUCAAGUUUACCACAAGAAACAGAAGGUAGUGAAUCAAGUGAAAUUCAACCAUCAAACUCCUCAUCACAACCAACAACCACAGAUCUUCCAAUUUCAUCAUCUUCAUCUUCUACUACUGCAAUAGCUAGAACUGCUACAAUUAAUGGUUUUGCCGAUAGAGUCUAUGAUAAUAUGCCAGAAUGUGCUAAAUCUUGUUUAGACGUUGACACUGGAGUAUGUCCAUAUUGGGAUACUGGAUGUCUUUGUGUUCUUCCUAAUAUUGCUGGUCCAAUUGGAGCCUGUAUUGCGGAAAAUUGCAGUGGAGAAGAUGUUGUUACUGCCACUCAAUUAGGUCAAUCUGCUUGUUCAAGUGCCGGUGUUACAAACUCAGGCUAUUGGUUAUACCCAGAAUCUGUCGCUGCUCAAUUGGCAUAUGCUGCUACUGCUUUGCCAAGUAGUUCAACAACUAUAGAGUCUUCAGUUACACUGGAAUCAAGUGAAUUUCAAUCAAGCUUUGUUUCUCAAACUUCAGAAGUCAGUGAAACAAGUUUUUCAUCUCAAUCUGCAUCUACUGAAUCAAGUUUACCUAUUUCAUCAGAUUUCCAAUCUUCAUUAGCUCCAGUUGCUUCUAGCUCAGUUACUGAAUCUUUACCAUCCGAAGUAUCUGAAUUUUUAUCAUCAAGCUCAAUUGCUAAUCAAAAUUCAACUAUUUUUGAACAAGCUACAAUCACAGAAACUAUAUGCACUUUAUGUACUCAACAAUCAUCUUUAAAUAAUGAACAGUCAUCUAUAAAUAACGUUCAUUCAUCAGUUAUUUCGGAAGUAAACAAAGUUAUUACAACAGUUGUAUCCUGUGAAUCUGAAAAAGCAUCAAUUGAAACUAUUCUUAAAACUGCAACUGAGACAGUUGUGAUAAAUUCAUGUAAUAGUGUCAAAUCGGAAUUAGAAUCAAUUGAAACUGAAGCUUAUCAUCAUUUAUCAUCAUUAGAAGCUCAACAAGAAUCUUGUGUAUCUAAAAUAACAGAAUUAGCUCAGUCUCAACAAUCAAUAGCUUCAGAAAUUAUUAAAACUGCAACUGAUGACGAAUAUGUUAAAAGCAUUCAAAAUCAAGCUUCAAUUGCUCAAAAUAAUGCUAUUGGAGCUUAUCAAAGUGGUGAAGAUGUUAAAGAAUCAAUAAAUUCAUUAAUUAGUCAAGAAACAGCAAUUGUUGAAGAACAACCAAGUGUUCAAUUAGCAAAUGAAGGUAAUAAAAACAUUAUAACUUUGACAUUUUCAAUUAUUUUUAUUUCAUUCAUUAGUAUGAUGAUUUAA